AUGGCCUUGCCCAUGAAGACGGCGAUGAAGGUCAUGAAGGCAAGGGCAAGCCCCAUGAAGGCCAAGGCCAUGAAGGGAAUGAAGGCGAUGAAGAAGAAGGCCAUUAGCAAGAUCGCCCGCGGGAAGCUGGCAAAGAUGGUCGUCUUCAAGGGUCGCAAGGACAAGACCUCCACCGGCCUCCAGAAGGGCGACUUGAUGAAGAACAAGAACGGAAAGGUGGUGACCAAGAAGCAGCACGCCAAAGGCAAAGCGCUGUUCAAGCAGUUUGCACAGCGUUGGCUCGAUGCAUGCAUGACAGCUAGGAAGGAGUUGGGCCUAAAGGGCUUCUGCGCAGUGGGUGGCAAGACCACUCAGGGCAAGGCGCUGUACGCGAAGGCCAAAGCGAUUUACGCUGCGGCUUGA